AUGGUGAAGCAGACGAUCCAGAUUUUCGCGAGGGUGAAGCCCACUGUCCGGAAGCACCAACAAGGGAUUUAUUCCAUAGAUGAAGAUGAAAAAUUAAUACCUAGCUUGGAAAUUAUCUUACCACGUGAUUCGGCAGAUGGAUUUGUAAAUAAUAAGCGAGAAAACUACAAAUUUAGAUUUCAAAGAAUUUUUGAUCAGGAUGCAAAACAAGAGGCCAUUUUUGAAAGCAUUGCUAAACCUGUGGCUGAAAGUGUUCUGGCAGGUUAUAACGGUACCAUCUUUGCAUAUGGACAAACAGGCAGUGGUAAGACAUUCACCAUCACUGGUGGGGCAGAGCGUUACAGCGACAGAGGCAUUAUCCCAAGGACGCUGUCUUACAUUUUUGAGCAGUUACAAAAGGACAGCAGCAAAAUAUAUACAACACACAUUUCCUAUUUGGAAAUCUACAAUGAAUGUGGUUAUGAUCUGUUGGAUCCAAGACAUGAAGCCUCCAGUUUGGAAGAUUUGCCGAAAGUGACAAUAUUGGAGGACCCUGAUCAGAACAUUCACCUGAAAAACCUGUCUCUUCAUCAGGCAACCACAGAGGAAGAAGCUCUGAAUCUGCUUUUCUUAGGGGACACCAACAGAAUGAUUGCAGAGACUCCUAUGAACCAGGCUUCAACUCGUUCCCACUGCAUUUUCACUAUCCACUUAUCAAGCAAGGAACCAGGAUCUGCAACAGUCCGUCAUGCCAAACUCCAUUUGGUUGACCUGGCUGGUUCAGAGAGAGUUGCAAAAACUGGAGUAGGGGGCCAGCUCCUAACAGAGGCCAAGUAUAUCAACUUGUCACUACAUUACUUAGAACAGGUUAUCAUUGCCCUUUCAGAAAAGCACCGUUCCCACAUCCCCUAUAGGAACUCUAUGAUGACCAGCGUCCUAAGGGACAGUUUGGGAGGGAACUGCAUGACGACCAUGAUCGCGACACUCUCUUUAGAGAAGAGGAAUGUUGACGAAUCUAUAUCUACCUGCAGAUUUGCACAACGAGUGGCACUUAUAAAGAAUGAAGUUGUUCUAAAUGAAGAAAUUGAUCCCAGAUUGAUGAUUAUACGCCUACAGAAGGAAAUACAGGAACUGAAGGAUGAACUAGCCAUUGUCACAGGGGAGCAGAGGACAGAGGCACUCACAGAAGCAGAGCUCCUUCAGCUGGAAAAACUAAUAACAUCCUUUUUGGAAGACCAAGAUCCAGAGAGUAGACUAGAGGUUGGCGCUGAUAUGCGUAAAAUUCAUCACUGUUUUCAUCAUUUAAAGAAACUGUUGAAUGAUAAGAAGAUCCUUGGGAAGAGUUCAGUCUCCUCUGAAAUCAAAGACAGAGACCAUGACUGCCAAGAUCCAUUAAAAGAGGAAGAAUAUAAAAAGCUACAAGAUACUCUAAAGCAGAGAGAUAAUGAAAUCAAUAUUUUGGUCAAUAUGCUAAAAAGGGAAAAGAAGAAAACUCAGGAUGCUCUUCACUUAUCUAGCAUGGAUGGAAGUGAGUUAAGACGCUCACAGAGCUCUCCCUUCCCACCUGGGAACCCAGAAGAAAGUCAGAGGACGUUGCUGUCCUCAGCUCCCAGACAGGCCCAGGACGCCAGCACUUUCCAGCCCAGAUCCAGUUUGUUCCACAAAAAAACAGGGAUGAGAGAGGAAAUGUCAUUAGGACGCCAGGAGGCUUUUGAAAUCUUCAAGAGGGACCAUGCUGACAGCAUUACCAUCGAAGACAACAAACAGAUUCUGAAACAGAGAUUUUCUGAAGCAAAGGCCCUGGGAGAAAGCAUAAAUGAAGCAAGAAGUAAAAUUGGUAUCUCAGAAAACAUGGCUGUGCCCUCACGGCCGGACCCACUGGAAGAGAAGCUCCGAGCGCAACUGGAGGAAGAAAAGAGAAGAUUCAAGCUAACCUUAGAAAACUCCUUCUUGGGCCAACAGGCAAACUCUCCAGCAAUGAAUUCACUUGAUCACAUGAAGUCAUCUCCCCAGACGCCCAAAUCCCAGCAUGAACGCCCCCGGCUUCUCUCUAAUAAAAGCGUCUCCAAAAGGCCAACGUCGUCCAUCCCUCUCACCGGUGACAGCCAGACCGACUCUGACAUCCUGGCAUUCAUCAAGGCCAGACAGAGCAUUCUGCAGAAGAAAUGUAAAUCCUUUCGUUCUCCUGUUUGUUCUCUGAACCCAAAGGCAGCGUUCUCCUUUGCCCAGCCCUGUCCAGACAGGAAGGGGCUGUGUGAUGAUUUGGAUCAGCAACAUCACACCAUCUUCACGUCGUUUCUGAGGGCUGAGACACCUCAGCUCUGCCAUCAACUUGCUGUGACUCCUUGA